GGGCAUGGAAGGCCAAAUGCCAGAAAGAUACACAUGACGCAUAGAGAGAGAGAGAGAGAGAGAGAGAGAGAGAGAGAGAGAAAAGAAAACGGGGGGUGAAUGGGGAGAGAAAUGUCGUGGGUUGGGAAGAAGAAGAAGGUGGCGUCCACGUGCGGCGGAGGGGGUGGCGGCAGAGGGGUUUUGCCUUUCUCAAGCGCAAGCGAUUUCGAAGAACAUACCAAUAACAACAACAAUAACAUGUCGAGGGACGAGCGUAGCUCCUACUGCAGCCUCUCCGCCGGUAUCCUCCCUUCUCUCGGUGCCCACACCAACCGCAACACCAAAGUUCGCCCCUUCAUUAUCUCCCCCUUCCAUUCCCGUUACAGGAUUUGGGAAACAUUUCUGGUACUUUUGGUAUUCUACACAGCUUGGGUUUCCCCCUUUGAAUUCGGAUUCCUAAAUAAACCCACGGCUCCUCUCGCCAUCACUGAUAAUGUCGUCAACGGAUUUUUUGCCAUCGAUAUCAUUUUGACAUUCUUUGUAGCCUACCUCGAUAAAGCCACUUACCUUCUCGUCGAUGAGCCGAAGCUGAUUGCUUGGAGAUAUACAAAAACCUGGUUGGCUUUUGAUGUGAUUUCCACCAUCCCUUAUGAGCUUGCUAAGAGUAUUCUACCUUCACCUGUAAAAGAAUAUGGCUUUUUCAAUAUGCUUCGUCUUUGGCGUCUUCGGAGAGUGAGUGCCAUGUUUGCAAGAUUGGAGAAAGAUAGACACUUCAGCUAUUUUUGGGUUAGAUGUGCCAAACUCAUAUGGGUAACUCUAUUUGCAGUUCAUUGUGCUGGCUGCUUCUACUACCACCUAGCUGAUCAUUACAAAGACCCACAAAAGACAUGGAUUGGGGUUUCUAUGGGGGGAGACUUUCACAAGCAGAGUUUGUGGAUUCGGUAUGUGACAACAAUCUACUGGUCCAUCACCACUCUAACCACCACUGGCUAUGGUGAUUUGCAUCCUGUUAAUACACAGGAGAUGGUCUUUGACACAUUUUACAUGCUCUUCAACCUUGGAUUGACGUCAUAUCUGAUUGGAAACAUGACCAACUUGGUUGUCCAUAUCACCAGUCGAACUCGGCAAUUCAGGGAUUCUAUUCAAGGUGCCUCAAGUUUUGCACAAAGGAACCAACUACCACCUCACCUGCAAGAUCAGAUGCUUGCUCACUUGUGUUUGAGGUUCAGAACUAACUCAGAAGGGUUACGCCAACAAGAGUCUCUUGAUGCGCUUCCUAAAGCCAUUAGAUCAAGUAUUUCACACUUUCUCUUCUAUUCAGUUGUUGACAAUGUGUACUUGUUCCGAGGGGUUUCAAAUGACUUACUUUUUCAGCUGGUUUCGGAGAUGAAAGCAGAGUACUUUCCUCCCAAAGAAGAUGUGAUUUUGCAAAAUGAAGCACCGACGGAUCUUUACAUUCUAGUUACUGGAACAGUUGAUCUCAUCGUAAAAAAGAAUGCAAUAGAACAUGUUGUUGGAGAGUUAAAGACAGGGGAUGUUUGCGGUGAGAUAGGCGUCCUUUGUUACAGGCCACAAGUAUUUACUGUUCGGACUAAACGAUUGAGUCAGCUGCUCCGGUUGAAUCGUACGUCAUUUUUGAACAUUGUUAAGGCCAAUGUUGGUGAUGGGACAAUUAUCAUGAACAAUCUUCUUCAGCAUUUGAAAGAGCGGAGCGACCCUCUGAUGGAAGCAGUUUUGGCAGACACAGAGCACAUUCUAGCUCAGGGAAGAAUGGAUUUGCCUCUCAGUUUAUGUUUUGCAGCCAUGAGGGGAGACGAUCUAUUGUUGCAUAAGUUGCUGAGACAGGGUUUGAAUCCAAAUGAACUGGACAGCAAUGGGCGAACAGGCUUGCAUAUUGCGGCAUCAAAAGGAAGCAUAGAUUGUGUGCUUUUACUCCUAGAUUAUGGAGCAGAUCCCAACAGAAAAGAUUCAGAAGGGAAUGUUCCCCUGUGGGAUGCACUUUUGGGGAAGCAUGAAUCGGUGAUAAAACUACUUAGAGACAAUGGUGCGAAGAUAUCUGCUGGUGAUGUUGGUCAGUUUGCUUGCUUUGCUGUUGAGCAAAACAACUUAGAUUUGCUCAAGGACAUCAUCAACCAUGGUGGGGACAUUACAUUGCUCAAUAGUCUAGGGACUACUGCACUUCACACCGCUAUUUCUGAAGAGAACACUGAGAUAGUGAAGUUCCUAGUAGACCAAGGAGCUGAUAUUGACAAACAAGAUGUCCACGGGUGGACCCCUAGGUGUUUGGCUGACUAUCAGGGACAUGAAGAGAUAAAAGCUCUAUUCCAAACCAUGAAGGAUACUGGAAACCAACCUGCUUCUGUUCCUGAGACACAUGGGGUGCUCUACCGUAACAAGUACCAGAGUGAGCCCACAAUGGCUGUUUUUACCCCUGAAGUUGACCCACAAACAGAUAUCAAAGAAGUUAGAUGGUCCGUUGGCCAACAGCGAAGGAGGGGGAACAGUUUUCACAAUUCUCUGGUCGGGAUCAUGUCAGCUGCCAAUAGACCCACUGAAGGUGAGAGUGGCUUUUUACCAUCUUCACGCAGUUUCACAAAACCACCAAAUUUGGGCAAUAACCGCAUAAGAGUAACAAUUAGUUGCCUGGAAAAGGGAGAAGUUGCUGGGAGACUCACAUUUCUGCCUGAUUCUCUUCAAGAGCUACUUGCUAUAGGCGCGCAGAAAUUUGGGGUCUCUCUGACAAAAGUCUUGCUGAAAGAUGGAGGUUUAAUUGAAGAUAUCGAAGUUAUUAGAGAUGGUGAUCAUCUCAUUCUUGCUGGUGACGGAGGAGUUGCGAAUCAUCAAGAGAAAUAAGAGGUUUCCUCCUUCCACAUCUUAACUGUACAUUCUUGCCCUCAUCUGAGAAGAUGGAAAUUACUGUGCAUUCUUGCCUUAUCUAUCAUAGUCCCAUGUCAGAUUGGAUACCUGCAAGGUAGUGGACUGGUUGUGAAUUGUGGAUGGUGGAAAUUCAAGAUUACAUUGAUGUAUGAGUAUGACAUAUGUAUUUGAGAGGUUAUUACUUGCAUAUUUGUUUACUUUUGUUUUGUUAUUUUUUUUCCCGCUUUUCUUUCCGUUGUACUGUUAAUUACCUCGUAUUCUCACUGCAUAUUGUUGGGUUUGUAAAUUACCAAAAAAAAAAUGUUUGGGUAUGCGGAGCCUAAAAAGUACUUUACCUA